CACACACACACUCGCUCACCCGCACUCUCUUGUUGCACUUCUGCCACCGAUCUCUGAUGGUUGGUUGGGCCUGAGUCAGUCGGCGAGAGAAAGACAGACAGACAGAGAGACAGACGGAGGCAGAGGAACAAAGCCAGGACAACAAUGGGAAAUACACCAUCUCAAGGCAUGUCAAUGUUCAUCCAUUCUUAAGUAGCAGAUCCCGAGAGGACCAGCGGCCACAUGAUCUCGGCAGAUGAUGCAGAAUAUCCACGGGAAUAUCGGACCCUGGGCAACGGCACGCGCCGGUUCUCCAACGUAGGGCUGGUGCACACCUCAGAACGUCGCCACACUGUCAUUGCUGCCCAGAGUCUGGAAGCCCUCACUGGGCUCCAGAAAUCUGAGAUGGAACGGAAGCGCGACGCCUUCAUGGACCACUUGAAGAGCAAAUACCCCCAGCAUGCCUUGGCAAUUCGAGGGCAGCAGGAGAGAAUCAGGGACCAGCCCCACCUGGAAAUCUGGCAGCCCCACCUAGCAAGGAAGGCUGGCUAUGGCCCUGAUCGACCAGCCAAGGAGGAGGAGGAGGAGGAGGAGGAGGAUCAGGCGAGAGAGACCCACACGAUUGGUCCCACCCACAUGGUCCAGUAUACAGAUGCUUACUGCAGCAGUGUGGGAUCGCCACGAAGAAGCAGUUCCCACACCGCUGAGACCCGAAGCUCCCGGCACUCUCAGGGUUCUCAGCCUGGCCUGGCCGAUCAAGCCAAACUUUCCUUUGCUUCAGCGGAGUCUCUGGAAACCAUGUCUGAAGCUGAGCUGCCCAUUGGCUUCAACAGGAUGAAUCGCUUCCGGCAAAGCUUGCCUUUGUCACGUUCCACCAGCCAAACAAAGCUCCGGUCUCCAGGCAUCCUUUUCCUGCAGUUUGGGGAUGAGACGAGGCGAGUUCACAUCACCCACGAAAUUAGCAGCAUGGAUACUCUGCACGCCCUCAUCGUCCACAUGUUUCCUCAGAAGCUGACGAUGGGCAUGCUCAAGUCCCCCAACACUGCCAUCCUGAUCAAGGACGAAUCCCGCAAUGUCUUCUACGAGCUGGAGGAUGUCAGAGAUAUCCAGGACAGAAGCAUUAUCAAAAUCUACCGGAAAGAGCCCCUGUAUGCCUCCUUCCCUGGAUCCCACAUCACCAAUGGUGACUUGCGGAGAGAGAUGGUCUAUACUUCCAGGGAGUCCUCUCCCACCCGGCGCCUAAACAGCAUGUCUCCUGCUUCCCACCUCACCUCUGGCUCCCCUCCACCAGUGCUUCAGUCAUCUUCGCCAUCCCGUUCCCGGAUGUCUUACAGUGGUGGCCGUCCACCUUCCUACGCUGGCAGCCCUGUGCACCACGGCGAACGGCUCUCCAACCUGCCUCCAGCCCAAGGCGUCUCACCAAGCCCAAGUGCUAUCUUGGAACGCCGCGACGUCAAGCCGGAUGAAGAUCUGGCUGGGAAGAACAUGGUGCUGGUGAAGAACGAGGGCCUGUACGCUGACCCCUACAGCAUGGUGCACGAGGGACGCUUGAGCAUUACAUCCACUCAGUCGCUGGCUGGGAUGGGGGACCCCUUUGCCUACCCCGGGGGGCUCUAUAAACGGGGCUCUGUCCGCUCUCUCAGCACCUAUUCAGCUGCUGCUCUGCAGUCAGAACUGGAGGACAGCUUAUAUAAACCCAAUGCACAGAUCUAUAGCGAUACCUAUGGUCCAGGGAUGGGCUUUCGCUUACCCCCGUCAUCCCCCCAGAAAAUUGCCGAUGGCCGGCUGGUGGACGUUCAGCAGAGCCAAAGCCCCCACAGCCCUUACUCUGGGUCUCCAAGCCGGUCCUCGCCAGUGCGCCAGUCUUUCCGCAAAGACUCUUGCUCCUCAGUCUUCAUGGAAAGCCCUGUCAACAAGCCACGGAAUCCCAGCUCUUCAGGGCCUCCAGAGCUCUUCCCUGGACCUGGGGAACGACCCCUUUCUGGGUUCAGCUCACCAGUGCCUGCCAAGGAUACGGAAACAAGGGAACGCAUGGAAGCCAUGGAGAAACAGAUUGCCAGCCUCACUGGGUUGGUGCAGAGUGCACUGAUGAGAAGCUCUGAUGCAGAAAACCCUAGUGAAAGGACAGAAGGAACCAAUGGAGGAACACCUCCAUCAGCACCUCCCAGCCGAAGCAGCGUGGGAACCCCAGUUCCUGGACCUCCACCUCCAUCCACGACUGGUACACCAGCUGGCCAGCCCACUGCCAUCACCCGCCUGCACAUGCAGCUGCACCUGCAUGACUUGCAGCAGAACGCCAGUGAUCUCCGCAACCAGCUGCACCAGCUGAAGAAGCUGCAGCUUCAAAACCAAGAGACAGUGAAGACAAUGCUGCGGCGGACAGAAACCGAGAUCAGUGUGCGGGUGACAGACACCAUGCGCAAACAGGAGGAUCCCUUGCAACGGCAGCGCACCAUGGUGGAGGAGGAGCGCCUCCGCUACCUCAAUGAGGAAGAUCUCAUAACCCAGCAGCUAAAUGACCUGGAGAAAUCGGUGGAAAGGAUCCAGAAAGAUUUGACCCACAAUCACCGGCUUAUCUCCACACAAGAGCUGGAGGAGAAAUCUUUGGUGCUUAAACAGCUGGGAGAUACCUUGACGGAGCUGAAGGCUAAUUUUCCCAGCCUGCAGAGCAAAAUGCGUGUGGUCCUCCGUGUAGAGGUGGAGGCUGUGAAGUUCCUCAAGGAAGAGCCGCACCGGCUGGACGGCCUAUUCAAGCGGUGCAAGGCAGUGACCGACACCCUGACGCAAGUCCGCAAGCAAGUAGACGAAGGGGUCUGGGAUUCCUCUAGUAACCUUCUCAGCCAGUCUCCAAAGAAGGUGGAAUCGGAAAAUGAUUUCAGCAGGGGCUUGGAUUUCGAGGUACCCACCAGCCCCCCAAUGAACCUCCAUGACCUGACGGCUUCCACAGAUAGCCUGGGCACAACCAGCUAUGGGCAAAGUCAAGGGCAGAGCCACAUGUCCAAGAGUGGCAACCCUUCCCGGGGUUCAGAGAUGGUUGCUGCCAAGGCCCAGACGGGCCCCGAGACCCCCAGCAAGAGGAACAUCAACAGAUCAGUGUCUGUGGAGCCCUGCUUUACUGGCUACCCUGCUUUACAGGCUGCAGAGCGUGACUGGGAGGAGAAGCGGGCAGCCUUGACCCAGUACAGCGCUAAAGAUAUUAACCGCCUCCUAGAAGAGACCCAAGCGGAGCUGAUGAAAGCCAUCCCCGACUUGGAGUUUGCAGCCAAGCACAAGCAGACCUCCAGCAGCGGUGGCAGCGGGAGUGCUGCCUCCACCCCAGAGCACAAGCCCGCCAAACCCCAACACGCACAGAAGUCCACCACCAAAAUGGACCCCAACAGUCGCCGGGGAUCAGAUGAAUUGACGGUGCCCAGAUAUCGAACAGAGAAGCCCUCCAAGUCUCCUCCCCCACCCCCACCACGACGGAGUUUCCCAUCCUCCCAUGGUCUCACAACCACCCGCACAGGAGAGGUGAUCGUCACCAGCAAAAAAGAAUCCGGUUUUAUGAAGAAAGCUGAAUCGGAAGAACUGGAGACCCAGAAGCCACAGGUGAAACUGAGGAGGACAGUGUCAGAGGUGGCCAGACCUGCCUCAACACCACCCAUCAUUGCUUCUGCCAUCAAAGAUGACGAUGAUGAAGACAGGAUCAUCGCCGAACUUGAGGUAUUUCAGAGGAGCUCUUCAUUUAUUCCUAAAUUCCGUUGCGACCAGCUUGCGCCAGCCGCAGACAUGUGGCCCAAUGGGGCUACCAUAGCAGCCGAAGGAUGGAAGGAGUCAGGACUCUCAAAACCUCCAUGUGGUAACAAAUCCCACUUCCCUCAUAUUGUCCUUUCUGAGUGGGUAUCCAGCCUGCUGUAUCCUGAAUCUCAGCCAGAAGCAGGUUUGGAAUUCUGCAAUACUUGCACCCAUAAUCACCAAUGCACUGAAGGACAUUUGGGAGUCAGUGAAAGGACCAUGGUGGAAAUGAAAGACAGCCCAAAAACCUUGUUGGGAAAGCUGAGCAAGAAUGAACGGAAGCUGAAAUCUUUGGCUCAUGUAUCAUCUGGUCUGUCCAACAAGGCCUCAACAUGCACUCAUUCUCUGCCAACAAAACUGAAGGCUCGGGGAUUUCUGCCAGACCCUGGAACUGGGCUUCCUUGUGACACUGCUCAUGGGGCAGAAGCAGGCACAGUGGCAUUUGAAACAACAAAAACAUCAGUGGAGGCUGUUCAACUCGGAAGAGAAGCUAUCAUGGUUGUGAAUCCUAAGGACAAGCAGGCAAGUAAUCUACCAGCUUAUGCCCAAAGCUGUGGGGUCCAUGCAUUGGACAACCAAGCAGCUGUCACCCUCUCAGAGGUUACGCUUGGUUAUAGGACAUUGUCUUCAUCCAUGGAAGAAGGUGAAAUAUUCGCGGGGUUAGAUACCAAAAAUUGCACUGCAGAACCAGAAAGUGAAGAAGUUGAUCAGAGCACAGAAAAGUUACCAGUAGCUUUGAAAGACCCUAAUGUUGCUUGUAGUCAGAUGCACAGAGAUGAUCUGACAGAGGUUUUAAAAUGGUGUUUUCCCAAAGCCCCUGUGAACAAAGUAGCCACUGAAUAUGAUACAGUAUCUAGGAAGCAGUCCCUGAAUCCUGCCAACCCAGGAGAGGAUGAAACGGAGAAAGAACUGGUAACCGUUCUAGAAGAGAAACAAAAGGAAUUUACUUCUCGUGAUGCCGUGGCCAUAAGAAGCCGAGAGAUUUGCAAAGACACUUAUCAAAGAUUGGACAACCUGGAAGAGACUAUCAGAGACCUAGAAAUAACUAUCAGUAAAAUUAGCUGCCAGGCAUCUACUGAGCUAAUAUUUCCUCAAAAUCUUCUUGGAUGUCCGAGAUCCAAAGAUGGAGAAAGAAAGGAGGACAGAAAUGUGCCCAGGUGCAACAUUGCUGUUUUCAGGGAUGAGGAAUCACCCAGGCUUUCGCCAACCAGCUCCAAACCUCUUUUGCUGCCCAAACCUCGGUUCCUGUUGAACGGCAAUCCACAGAGUGGUGGCGGCGUCUCAAUUCCUGCCAUGAAGAUGGUCAAUCCAGCAUCCCGACUGAAGCAAACCCAGCAAGGCAGCCCAGACAAAAGCAAACACAUAAAGCAACGCAUGGAAUACAUGCGCAUCCAGGGCCAACAACAGGCCGCUAGAUCAACCAAGGACCCUAGCACGAUGAAUGAGACUUCAAGCCCAGUCUCAGAAAAACCUUCUUCGGGCAGAACUUCCAUCCCAGUCCUGACUUCCUUUGGGUCACGGAACUCCUCCAUUUCAUUCUAAAAGCUCCUUUACCAACUUCUCAUUCAGUUGUUUUCCUGUUUACUGCUACCAAGGGGGUGGGUGGGGACUGGGGAGGCCUUGCAUCUCUCUUCAUGAUUCCCGCCUCCCCAGAUCUUACGGAGGCACCUGGAGAAGUCCUUCCCCUUAGAGUUCCUUCAAAAAGGCCAACCUGUGGUCCCACUGCCUCCUCCAAAAU